CCUCACCACGCGGUGAUGAGUCAUCACAAUAGCACUACUUUUAGUUGCUACAAACAGUUUCUCGAGGCAAACGAUGAGGGUGACGAGUGGGGAGCAUCAGAGCCUUCAACCCUCGUCAUGGAGGUGAGUGAGGGGAUGGUCCUAGUAGGCGUGAUCGUAGGCGUGUCUGUGGUAGUGAUCCUCCUCUUCAGUCUUGGGCUGCUCAUUGAUUGCAGAACCCGGAAAUCUGGAUCUCAAUCAAGUAACAGUAACGCUGGGAAAGUAAGUGUGUCAGCAAAACGGACAUUUCCGCAAUUCAUUAGAAACAGUGCACAGAACAACGAGAAUAUAACAUUUGUUAACGAAAUGUGUACUGAGAACAUCGCGACGAUACCUGCAGCAUCAAGAAGUACUGAGAACAGCUAGUGAGACAAGAUGGUUGGACCAGUGUGUUUUGUGACCGCACAUUUGUAUAUCAGUAAUGAAGUGAACACAUGACCACAUGGACAACAUUUGAAGAAGAGUUGCAGGAGACGAGCUGAUGAAUACUUUCAUUGUUUGUUAGGAUGAUGACGAAUAAUCUUAGAUUGAGUGGGCUUGCAUAGAAGUAAUGCUCUAGACUUGUAUUCAGGAGAUAUUUAGUUCAAAUCUCAGUUGGGGCACAAACUAUAUUGACUGAGGUAUUUUGUUCUCCUCAGUCGGCUAGACCAGGACCACUUCCUGCCACAUCCACCAAACAUCCUAUCAUUCAUUUUCACUGGCUGCAUCCUGUUGUGUCUCAGACAGUAUGUAGGAACUCUGCUACCGUCAACACAAUAUUUCAGUAUUACUUUUAGAUCUUUAUUUACUGCGAUGUAUUCCCGCCUGAUGAUGGCCAUGUAUGACCAAAACAUGUCACAGUAAAUAAAGAUCUACAUGUAAUACUGAGAUAUUGUGUUGUGUUGACGGUAGCAGAGUUCCUACACAUUAUAUAUUACUCUACCAUUCAAUGUUAUGUAGUCUAGAUACUGAGAGUGUCACUAAACAAACCACCAAACCACCAAACCACCAAACCACCAAUUAAAUUCCCAGCCACAGUUUCCCCCAUUUGCAGCAAACUAAACAGAGAUCUGUACAAGAAACAGUGGAGCAAAUGACCCAAGACUUCCACAUCACAAGCCUCUACAUUCCACCAUACCUUGUCCAUUCUGGUGGCAGAAACAACAAUUCGAAGGGGCCAUGUCUUGAUGUUAUGAGAGUCUAACUUAAAAUAAUACAUUACUUAAUGAAGUUCUAUUUGUAUCAACUGAUCAAACAUGAAUUUUUACAUUCAA